CUUCUACAUCAACCUCCCCAUCGGCGGCGUUACCCUGGCCGUCAUCGCUAUCUUCUACCGUGAUACCACGGCGCCCACCGACAAGCACGACGGCGAUCUCCUCGCGACCAUCCGCAAGUUCGACCCCCUCGGUAACGCCAUCUUCAUGCCCGCCAUCAUCUGCCUGCUCCUCGCCCUCCAGUGGGGCGGCGUGACCUACCCGUGGUCCGAUGGGCGCAUCAUCGCGCUCUUCGUGCUCUCCGGUGUCCUCAUCGCCGGCUUCAUCGUUGUCCAGUUCCGCUCUGGCGACAACGCCACGGUCCCCAUCCGCAUCAUCCGCAACCGUUCCGUCUGGGCCAGCGGCGUCUUCGCCUUCUCCAUGGGCGCCUCCUUCUUCACCUUCAUCUACUACGUGCCCCUCUGGUUCCAGGCCGUCCAGGGCGUCUCGGCUGUCGAGUCGGGCAUCCGCAACCUGCCCAUGGUCCUCUCCAACGUCCUCGGCUCCAUCCUCGCGGGCGCCCUGGUCACCACCUUUGGCUACUAUGCGCCCUUCAUGAUCGCCUGCACCGUCCUGCUGUCCAUCGGCGCCGGCCUCAUGACCACGUGGACCCCGGGUAUCGGUGCCGGCGCCUGGAUCGGCUACCAGAUCAUCGUCGGCAUGGGUCCCGGCUUCGGUUUCCAGCAGCCUCUCAUGGCCGUCCAGACCGUGCUGCCCAUGUCCGACGUCGCCACCGGCACCGCCCUCGUCGUCUUCCUCCAAUCCCUCGGCGGUGCCCUCUUCCUCGCCGUCGGCCAGACCGUCUUCACCAACCGCCUCGCAGAGGAACUCGUCGCCCACCUCCCCGGCGUCAACCCGAGCGUCAUCCUCAUGUCCGGCGCCACCAACCUCCAGCACAUCCUCGACCCGACCCAGCUCGUCGUCGCCAUCGAGGCGUACAACACGGCGCUCACCACCACCUUCUACGUCGCUGUCGGCAUGGCCAUCGCGACGCUCAUCGGCUCCGCAACAAUCGAGUGGAAGAGCGUCAAGGGCAAGAAUGUCGAGAUGGCCAUGGCUUGAGGCCGUGGUGGGCAAUCCAAUGAAUGGGCCGUGCGAGGAGGGCGACCUGCCUGCCGGCCCGCUCAACCUUUUUCGUCUCUUUGUAUAACUUUUUAUUUUAUAUUAAUGACCAUCAUCUCAGGCAUAGAUGCUGCACUGCUGCAUCUCGGGCGUUUUUGGGAGGGUAGCAAUCACAUAUAGAACAGCGCGCGCGCUAGGCAUAGCGGCAUCAUGUUUUCAUAAACAUCUCAACUUCUUAAUAAACAGAACUUAGAAAAGAACCUUCUUUGUUGGGGUUUUUGUUACCAAAGAAGCACUUGUC